AUGCCUGACGGAGAAGAAGAUCUUUCGUCGUUACCAUUGCCGGACCGAUUCUCCCACAAGAAUUGGAAAGUCAGAAAGGAAGGUUACGAAGAUGCGAAGCAGCAGUUUGAAAAGACGCCCGACGAGUCGCAUCCAGUGUUCGCUCCGUUUAUACAAGAACCCAGCCUCUGGAAAGGCGCUGUCGCAGAUUCCAACGUCGCCGCCCAACAAGAAGGCCUCGGGUCAUAUUGUUCGUUCCUGAAAUUCGGAGGUGUUCAGGCUUGCACAAGAACUCGUGGAUAUACCGUCUCCGCUAUCGUUGAGAAAGGUCUCCCAUCAACACGGCCCGCCGCCAAAACGAGCGCGCUGGAAGCGCUUUUACUAUGCGUCGAGUUCGACAAAGCAGACCCCGUUAUCGAAGAGAUCGUGCCCACACUUUCGCACAAAGUACCCAAGGUGAUUGCGGCGGCAUUGGUGGGGUUGAAAGCCAUCUACCAUAACUUCGGAUGCAAGAUCGUCGAUCCCAAACCAGUCCUCAAGGCGCUUCCCAAGGUAUUCGGACACGCGGAUAAGAAUGUCCGUGCUGAGGCUCAGAAUCUCACCGUCGAGCUAUACCGGUGGCUGAAAGAGGCUAUCAAACCGCUUUUCUGGGGUGAAUUGAAGCCUGUGCAACAACAAGAUCUCGACAAACUCUUCGAAAACGUUAAACAAGAACCCGCACCGAAGCAAGAAAGAUUUACGAAAGCCCAGCAAGAUGCCAUGGCAGCAGCUAGUGCAGCCCCUGACGAUGAUGAGGGUGAGGGUGAAGGUGGUGAGGAAGAUGCGGAGGAGGAUGGUGGUGAGAUCGACGCAUUUGAUCUCGCAGAGCCCGUUGAUGUGCUUUCGAAAAUUCCCAAGGACUUCCAUGACAACCUGUCAUCGUCCAAGUGGAAAGACAGGAAAGAAGCUCUGGACGCACUCUAUUCGAUUAUUAACGUUCCUCGGAUCAAGGACGGCCAAUUCGAUGAUAUCGUUAGGGCAUUGGCCAAGUGUAUGAAAGACGCCAACAUCGCAGUCGUGACAGUUGCGGCCCACUGUAUUGAUCUACUGGCAAAGGGUCUAAAGUCUAGCUUUGGUAAACAUCGCGCAACAAUCAUGGCGCCCAUCAUGGAACGGUUGAAGGAAAAGAAACAAAGUAUUGCAGAUGCCUUGGGUCAAGCACUCGACUCAGUGUUUGCAUCAACAAACUUGUCGGAAUGUCUAGAAGAGAUUCUCGAAUACCUGAAGCACAAGAACCCUCAGGUGAAGCAGGAAACCGUGAAGUUCCUUGUCCGCUGUCUCCGAACCACCAGGGAUGUCCCAUCUAAGCCAGAACAGAAAAUGAUUGCAGAGGCUGGUACCAAACUUCUUACCGAUUCCAGUGAAGUGAACCGUGCAGGAGGUGCUGAAGCGCUUGGAACGUUGAUGAAGAUUAUCGGAGAACGCGCAAUGAAUCCUUUCAUGGACGGUCUUGACGAUAUCAGAAAAACCAAGAUCAAGGAAUACUUCGAAACCGCCGAAGUCAAGGCCAAGGAGCGGCCCAAGCCUAUUGUUGGCCCACCCAAGACUGCCGGCCCUGCUGGGAAGAGACCAGUAGCAAAGAAACCGGCAUUGGGUGCGAAGAAACCAGCGCCUGCUGCUGCCGCACCUCCUCCAGAAGAACCAGCCCCAGCGCCCAAACCUGCUGCCAAGGCCUCGGCGAGACCAGGUGGUGUUCCGAAGCCUGGCGCCCUUCCUACGCCAGGAUCUGGCCUCAAGAAGAGACUUGCUGGUCCAGGGGCGACUGCCUCUCCGCAACGACGAGUCGCAUCUCCACCCCAAGAUGAGCAACCACCACCGCCCGCUGUGCCUAAGUUUGGUCUUGGACGAGGCCUCGCUGGCCGUCCUAUCGCGAAGCCCUCUCCUCCCCCCUCCGCUGAAUCUACUCCUCCACCAGCCCCAGAAAUGAGCGGAAUGUCCAGCUCUGACCGGGCAGAACUGGAAGAGCUGCGGCUGGAAAAGGACCGAUUCAUGCGCAUGAUCGAGGACAUGAAGUACGAGCGCACCAAGCUGAACUCGCAAGUCACAGAGCUGCAGAACCAAAACGCACAACUUAUCGAAGACCACACAAGAGACGUCCUAAGCGUCAAGGCCAAGGAAACGCAACUGGUCCGCGCACGCAGUGACGCAGAAUCCGCAGAACAAACCGUCCAAAAGCAAACGCGGGAAGUCGAACGCCUAAAGCGUGAACUUGCCCGCUCCCUCCGCGCCACCGCAAUGAGCCCUCCCAACACAAUCGCAGACAACAUCAGCAUGUCCAUCCCAGAGGGCACCCCGGACACAGGCAGUAACGGCAACGGCCCCGGCGCGACCCCCCGCGUAAGCAGCCUCCAAAUGGGCUCCCGCCUCGAAAGCUCCCGCCCACGCAGCUUCGCCUCCGCUUCCCCCAUCGAAGACAAUCAGAACAACAACAACAACAACAAUAACAAUAACAAUAACAAUAACAACAGCUUAGAAUCCCCCGGUGGUCCGAAUACCAGGGAUAGCGGCCUUGGACGACGCAAGUUCAGUCCUACCUUCGGAACGAGCCAGUCUGGUCUUGCUAGUCCGACGAGGUCGUCGCGGGUUGGGUCUGGUAGUUACUCUGGGGAGGAUCAGGGUCAACGGAGCACAGAGCCGGCGGAGAACUGGAAGAGAGCUGCGGAGGUUACGAGUCAGUUGAAGGCGAGGAUAGAGGCUAUGAAGGCACGACAAGGCAUUUCACGACCAGCUGGUCGCUAA